AUGGAGAAUCAGACACGAUCUCAAAUUGACCGUAUGCUUGACCGAGUUCAUUCUUUGGACGAUCUUUCCGCAGACAAUGCUAUUGAGCUGAGACGUAUCUCUGAGCGUUCUCUUGUGAUUAACAAGUUCAAGAUCGCGUCUGCUGAGUAUCAGAACUGGAUCAAUAAAGUUGGUGAUGAUAUUCGUGGUGUGGAAUAUGAUGCUCAGAAUGCAUGUAUUAUGUUGAAAGAACGUCCAGGCCGGAUGAAUGAGGCAGCGGCUGAUGUGGUCCGUGAAGUCUUUCAUCAAAUACGAGAUAGGUUGAGUGGUACUGGCUCGCGAUACUUCUUGACUGGAAGUGCAGAUUUUUCAUUGGCCGACAAAUUUAGUGGCUCUAUAAAACAAGCAGAUGCGUCUCUCAUGAAGUCUGAAUGUAAGUGGCCAGAUGUAGUUCUAGAGGUUGGUAUUAGUGAGCCUACAAACAAACUCUUUGAAGAUGCACGGCGAUGGCUGGAAGGUAGUGAUGGCAAUACCAAACUUGUCAUACUUGUUGAUAUUUAG